AAUCGUCAAUUUUUCACGUAAAGACAGAGAUAGUCGGAAUCUCCUCCGGCAGCCGGCGAUUUGCUUUUUCCCCCGUGUAAUUUUCCCGAGAAAGUGACACUCCUUUUAAAUCUCACACCCUGAAACUGCCCAUUAGAUGUGGUGGAGAUCGCCCUCUUUCAUUCUCGAUAGACAACAGCAAAACGACACCGCAUCGCUAAAUCCCGAAGCCACCUCCGUCUCCUCUCCUCCACCUUCCAUGGCAGACACUCUCCAAAACCCUAACCCUGACGCCAACAUCUCUGCUUACUACCAGACGCGCGCGGCCCACCACGGUGUCCUGACCAGUGACUGGCUGGCCCAGGCCCAGGCUGCGGUUGGCCGUCAACCCGAAGAUAAAUUGCUGGGAAAUGACGCCAGGGCAGCGUCGGCUGCUGGCGGUGCGGGUAAGCGGUUUAGCGUGAUCGACGAGUUCAACAGCUGGAGGAAGCAGCCUGAUCUGGCGGAGGCUGUUGCAGCUAUUCGCGCGCUUGCGGCGGUUAUCAGGGCUAGCCAGGCUACGACCAUGAUGGAACUCGAGAUUGAGCUGAAAAAAGCAUCGGAUUCGCUUAAAUCAUGGGACACAACCUCUAUCUCUUUGACUGCUGGCUGCGAUCUCUUUAUCCGUUAUGUGACCAGGACAUCAGCCUUAGAAUAUGAAGACUUCAAUUCAGCUAAGUGUCGCCUUAUUGAACGUGCAGAGAAGUUUGGGGAAAUAUCUUAUAAGGCACGCAGGAUCAUUGCAAUGCUAAGUCAAGAUUUUAUAUUUGAUGGUUGUACCAUUUUGGUACAUGGUUUCUCCAGAGUUGUUUUAGAAGUACUUAAGACAGCAGCUCAAAAUAAGAAACUAUUUCGGGUUUUCUGCACAGAGGGAAGACCAGACAGAACAGGAUUACGAUUAUCCGAUGAGCUGGCCAAACUUGAUGUUCCUGUGAAGCUCCUAAUGGAUUCUGCUGUGGCAUAUAGCAUGGAUGAGGUGGACAUGGUAUUUGUGGGAGCUGAUGGAGUGGUUGAAAGUGGGGGAAUAAUUAAUAUGAUGGGGACGUACCAGGUUGCAUUGGUCGCACACAGUAUGAACAAACCAGUCUAUGUGGCUGCUGAAAGCUACAAGUUUGCCCGUCUUUAUCCAUUGGACCAAAAGGAUAUGGCUCCUGCCUUACACCCCGUCGAUUUUGGUGUGCCCAUCCCAGCAAAAGUCGAGGUUGAAAAAUCUGCUCGGGAUUAUACUCCUCCACAGUAUCUUACUCUACUCUUUACAGAUUUGGGUGUUCUUACUCCUUCGGUAGUCAGUGAUGAGCUUAUUCAGCUAUACCUUUAGUCAUGUGCUUGAAUGCAGUUUUUUUUUUCUCCUUAAAUUUUCAGUGUGUUUGUUUCUUAAAAAGACAAUAUGAUGUAUAAAAUCAAACUAUGCCCCUAAGCUAAUGAUAGUCUCUUUAUUUUUGGCCAUUAUAUUUCUUGUUUGUUGGCUUAAACUAAACUGCAAAGUGAGCA